AUGCAGGACAAGCUGACUUGGGCCUUGCCUCGUGCUGACGGCUGCAGCCGUUACUCUCUUCCAGUCUUUGCUGAUGGCACCAGGAAUGCUCGCGCAUCCGCGGAUCUUGCAGGCGCUCUCAUCCAGCAAAAGAUGUGGCAGCGUGGCGCCAGAAGUCUCAUCCUCCAUGGCCCACCGAAGCUUUGCCAAUUCCUCCAGGAGUGUUACUUUGCAGGCGGUCUCUACGAAUAUGACGUGGUGUCCAUGCCAAAGCUGUGUGGAACACCGGAUCACGUCUUCGAGGUGCAGAUUGUGAAGAAAGAGACGGACGUCCCGGCAUCGACCAGGAGCCGCGGCACCAAGUUGGUCAGAGAGCACGCAGAUGGCUGCAAGGCGGUCCUCUCAGACCUCUCUGAGACGGAGCCCAAGGUGGGACUGACAUAG